AUGAUGGCUAUGGCAACAAAUUCCAGAGAACGUUGCAAAUUCGGAGCAACAUGUAAACGACGUGCAACUUGUCGAUACUUACAUCCAAAAAACGAACACGAGUGCAAGGCGUUUAAUUUUUCUUCAACUGAACCAGAUUAUGACAGUGUACAAUGGCCAAUUGAUUCUUAUAAUAAUUUUCAACUUGACUAUGAAAGUCAGCAAGCUAAUUUACAACCGUUACCCUGGCAAUAUUCUACCAAUCAAAAUCUUUCCUAUACACAAAGUCAACUAUCUCUUUCUUCUAGUUUUCAUUCAAUAGAUAAUAUAUCAGAAAUAUCCAAACAACAUCAAUCACUUAUUGUCGAACAACAAAGAUUGCUUGAAGAUCUGGAUGAUGAUGACGAUAUAAAACUUCAAAAAGAGGGAAAUCUUCAAGAGUUGAAAGAUCAGUUUGAAAUAUUCGAACAAACAAUAUUCAAUCUAUCCACUUUUAAUCCAUUGACGUUGGAAGAAGCUCAUUAUCUUUUAAACAGGUUGAAACGAGAAAUUGGACGUCUCAAAGCUCGUUUACCUAUCUAUGCACGACGUCAACAAUUGAUUGAUACAAUCAAAUCCAAUCGAGUAAUUAUUCUUAAGGCAGAUACGGGAUCAGGUAAAAGUAGUCAACUAAUUCAAUAUUUGACCGAUGCUGGAUUUGCAGAUCAUGGACAAAUUGUGUGUACUCAACCACGACGUUUGGCUGCACGCGAAUUGGCCUUGCGUGUCGCCAAAGAAUUCGGUUGUCAAGUGGGUGAAGAGGUCGGUUGUCAUGUCGGUGCUUGUCGCCCAAAAGUGUCACACCGAACUCGAAUUCGUUUUGUUACCGAUGCCGUUUUAUUGAACGAGUACCAAAUGGAUCCAAUGUUACGCACUUAUGCUAUAGUUAUCAUUGAUGAAGCGCAUGAAAGACAUGUUGAUACUGAUCUACUCUUUGGUGCCAUGAAAUUGUGCUUAAGCAAGCGUCCUGAUAUCAAGGUAAGUUACAGUGUUGAAUUACAAUAUUCUAGAACAUGA